UUCCGUUUUCCUACUUUCCUGUAAAGCAGCAGUGUGCUCUGUCAUGAUGAUGGCGUCCAGCUGAGAGGCAAAGUUCACCGAGUCUCCAGCCGUAAUGUCCGCUUAUAUCCUCGGUGUAGACGUCGGAACCACUUCGGUAAAAGCCGUUUUAUUAGAAACUGGCUCCAAAGCGGUUGUUGCGGGUCACGCAUUGCCAACUUCGUCAGAUAUCAUCGAUGACAGCGGGAUAAAGGCUAAGGAGCAGCACACCGGCCGGAUCAUAGACACUCUAAACCGGUGCAUCAGCCUGCUGCCUGCGGACAAACUGAAGCAUGUCAGCAGCAUCGGGCUGUCCGGACAGAUGCACGGAGUUUUAUUCUGGAAAGCAAAAGGCGGUUGUGAUUGGUCCAACAGAGACUUCUUCACAACCGGAGACACCAGUCAGCUGAUCACCUGGCAGGAUGGGCGCUGCAGCAGUGACUUCUUGUCGUCUCUUCCAGCACCAGACUCACAUCUCAGUGUAGCCACAGGGUUUGGCUGUGCAACAAUAUUCUGGUACAUGAGACACAGGCCCGAGUUCCUUGAAGACUUUACAGUCGCAGGCACCAUCCAGGACUAUGUGGUUUCAAUGCUGUGUGGUUUGGGUGGGUGUGUGAUGACACCACAGAAUGCAGCCAGCUGGGGUUUCUUCAACACUUCCUUCAACCAGUGGAAUACAGACAUUCUGAAGGGUGCCGGCUUCCCUUUGCAUCUGCUUCCUCACUGUGUGCCAUCUGGUGGCUUGGCGGGACAGACGUGCUCUGACUGGCAUGGUAUUCCUGCUGGUACUCCAGUAGGGGCCGCCCUUGGAGACUUCCAGUGUUCUGUCUACUCCUGCAUGAGUGCACAGACAGAUGCAGUUCUCAACAUAAGCACAUCAGCCCAGCUGACCUUUGCCAUGCCAGCUGACUUCAAACCUCCAAAUUCUCCUCAGCCUGCCUCCUCCAUCUCCUACUUCCCUUACUUUAAAGACUCAUACUUGGCGGUGGCGGCUUCACUCAAUGGAGGGAAUGUCCUGGCCACUUUUGUGGAGAUGCUCACUGCGUGGAUGAAAGAGCUCGGUGCAGAGCUCAGCGAUUCCUGCGUAUACGAGAAGAUGAUUCGUAGCGCCCUGAAUCAGGAAACGACUGACCUGAGAGUGAGUCCAACCAUCCUGGGAGAGAGACACAACCCUCUCUGCCUGGGUCAAGUGAACAACAUCUCCCCUACCAAUCUCUCUCUGGGUCAUUUGACCAGGGCAAUGUGCCGCGGAGUCCUGGACAACAUCACCUCCAUGAUGCCUGCUGAGCGUCUGCAGCAGGCGGGGGUCAGCAGGAUUGUGGGCACUGGGAGCGCCAUCGCUCGCAAUCAGGUGCUAAGGCAGGAAGUGGAGAAGGCGUUUCCCCAGCCGGUGGUAUACGGACAAAACGCGGACUCUGCUGUCGGGGUAGCCAUGGUCCUCUGUGACCUACUUUAACUGAGAGUUGUAAUGAACAGGUCUGUCUGUUUACAUGAUUAAUUGAGAGUACCUUUAUUUAAUGGAAUCGCUUGAAAAGUUUCUUACUUUAAAGGCAACUUGAUUGCUCUGUGGACCUAAAAAGCAAAAGUGAUGUUUGCCAGGAUUUGGAUUAAAAGCCUUUUAUAUCCUUUGGCAAGCUGUAUGCAACGAUUAACACACUGACUCAAAGUAGCUGCUGAGAGCACCUACAAACUCCCCUUAAAUUUCACUGUGACUGAACAGCUAUCGGCAAUAUACAGGACAUUUCUGGCUCUAUGUUGUUGUUGUUGUUUUUUAGAAGUGUAUUUCUCAGACCCCUUGAAGCCACAAUAGUGUUUAAUAGCAUGUACUAUUUCAGAAGUUUGAAAUGUUUGGCGUCAGUCCUCAGAGCCAGAGCUUUUUCACAGAGUUGCCAUUUUUCAAAGAUGUUCAUCAUUCAUUAGAAAAGAUCUAAUUUUUCCACUGACAGCAGCCUCAUUACAGCAGUACACAGCACAACAACAAAAUGAGCUGUAAAGCCCCCACAUAGGAGGUUCCUUCUGAGUUUGGCGUCGUAUCCGAUGGAUUUCUUGUCGUGUUGCCCACCUACCUGCUUCCCUGAGCCUAACAUUGGUGAUCCUGGAUAAUUGCUCUGCCAAUGACAGCAGCAUCAUAUGAACAAUGACUAAAAUAUUUAAUGAGAUAAUGAUGCCUGUGGGGGAAAUACGGUUAUUAUAUGUGCCAUAUUAUAUUGUAUAUGAUGUAAUUACAGCAGAAUAAGAAGCUGUAGGAAUAAUAUCCAAAGAUUGUUGCAUUUAUAAUGAGCAUAAAAGUAUAUUUUUGUAAUUCCCAUUUUUUUAUCUACUUGAGUCUCAAAAGAUGUAAAACUCAAAAGGUUAUCCUGAGCUGACAUCAGUGUUAUUAGUAGUGCCAGUCAUUAUAAUUGAAUGAUGGACACUAUUAAAAAAAAAAAAACAUUUUGUUUAAAUAACUUUAGUUGUAUGCAGUUAUUCUUCUCUC